CUUUUUCUCUGUCAAGGAUCAGUCAAGAUGAUUACUGCCGGACUUCUUGUUGCCUCUCUGGCCGCUGCCGCAUCGGCAUCAGGCCCAUACAGGAGCUUGCACAAGCGCCAAAGCAGCGACAACUCCACUCAAGCCGCACCAGCAGUUACUGGCGCGACAUACGAUGGACAAUGCUUCUAUCCUAAGCCUACCGAUGACUUUGUUCUGGAUGAGUAUCUCGGCCGCUGGUACCAAGUAGCCGGAACUCUGGCACCAUUCACUGCAGGCUGCAAGUGCAUUGUCGCCGACUAUGCUCUCAACGAUAACGGCACCGUGAACGUCCAAAAUGGCUGCGAGUUGAACGGCACUCAGAUCCCGAUCGAGGGAACUGCCACUCCAGUGUCCCCCUAUGCUGGUUACGGCCACGUCGGAGUGUUGCGAGUGCAAUUCCCGGGCCAGCCCGGCCCUGAUUGCCCAGGUCCAAACUACAUUGUUCAGGAUAUCGGCCUGAGCAGCGACGACGAUUGCCAUGGCAAGGUGGCUGCUGACGAUGACAACGCUUUUGCCAUCGUGCAAGCGAGCAACUUCACCACUCUGUUCCUCCUCAGCCGAAACCAGAACCCAUCGAAUGCCAGCAUUGAGGCAUGGCUCGAGCGUGCACGAAAGCAGGGCUCGAACCUCGACAAUGUUGCCAUUACAGACCAGACCAACUGCCAGUUCACAUAGAUUACAGCUUCGAUCUACCAGAGUCAGCAGCAUAAUUAAUGUCUUCACUCAAGUCCGGGUGCUCAUGAGCCGCCC